AUGUUUCCUUCAAUAGGUUUAGAAAAACUAGAAGGAGAUCAAGUAGUUUUGGAUGAAGAUGGAACUGUAAUUGAUGAUGAUGAUGUUGUCAUGGCAUUAGAUAAGAAUACUGUGUUAAUGGUGUUAAAAGACAACGAAGUUUGGAAACCGGAAGCAUCCAUAUCUGCAAAUAUACAGCAGGAACUGACAGAGAAGAUAGCUGAUCUGAACAAGAAACCACUGUCCAAAGGGACAACUUCUAGUGGCAGUAUGCGUCUGGAAAUGUGUGAUGGAAAGCUGACACUGCGAAAACCAACAGAAACUGUAAGCAUGUUUAUCAUGGAUUUCUGUAAUAGCUUGUUGGUGUUGUCAUAUACUUACAUAUGAAAUAUUUUUAUUAGGAGCUAGUCCAGGAAGAUAUAAAGAGUGAAUUAGAUGAAGAAGCAAGGAUAUAUGGGAAAAGAGGGAAGCCUCUUACGAACUACCAGAAAGCAGUGAACAAUGCUGCUGUUGAUUUAGCCAAGGAAAACCCUUUGGCUGUGUUGGAUAAAGGUGAGUCAUACAGUACUUUCUGAAUGACUAUUGCCAAUAUUGUACAGGUAUAUGUACCCCAUUUGAAUGUUAACUAUAAAACAAAAGUCAAUAUGUGUCAAUAGUCGGAAGUUUACGGUAUGCAACUUACACAGUAUAUAAAAAAUGAUAUGAGAGAGAGCUACAUUAUAUAUCUAUUACUCGAAGCGAGAAAAAUUACGCAUGCAUGAUCAGGUAAAACCGCUGAUCAUAACAGGACAUGCCCUGUGUUUCAUGUUUGAUCUCAAUAACAUUUUGUAGCUUUAAUGAAUCUACGUUUCGACUAUAUUUUAGUCAUCUUCAGGACAGAUUAGUGUAAACUGUAAAGUUACAAAUACUGUCAUAUAAUAUAGUGAAGAAAGGAGGAGCUUAAGGCGACAAGGCUUCUAAGGAACUGAUCAUAUUUCAGUAACACUAUUAGGCUCCUCCUUCUUAACUAUAUAUUAUGUCAGUAUUAAACUUUACACUAAUCUGUCCUGAAGAUGACAUUAAAGCUACAAAAUGUUAUUCGAAGUUACUGUUCAAUUGUAUUUUAUAAAAUUGCUGAAUGGUUCCCGUAGUAAGUCAAUGGUAAAAGUAAACAUGUAUUUUAAUUAUGUAUGUCUAUGUUUUAGUGUUUCUUGUUUCUCGUCACUUUCUAGGAAGUCUUUUAAAACGUGCGAGGGAGAAAGUGAGUGAUGAUGGAUAUGUGUUUGUCAAAGGGAGAUCGCGAGCCCGUAGUAGUCAAAGUGAUUCAGACGAUGUUCCUAAGCGUAAGAGAAUGGAUGCCGAUGAGAGAGCAAGAGAAAUGAAAGUAUUACAAGAGAAUAUCGCCACUCUUGAAAGCCGUAUUCAGUUCAAGAACCAAAUGUUGAAUAAAGCACGCUCAGUUACCAAUUAUAAACUCUGCGAUGAAAUUAGUGGCGACAUAAUAAAUAUAAGAAAAGAUAAACGGGCUGCGGAAAAUCGUUUAGCUGCAAUGAAGAAAAAGCAAUCGAAAUCGCAAUCGAAAUCGCAAUCGAAAUCGCAAUGGUAUCAUUCAAAAAAGCCAAAGAAAAGUGAAGGUGAAGAUCAUUCCCAAGAAAAAGAGGGCACUUCGACCAUUCUGGAUCAUUUCGAUAAAUUGUCAAAUGCCAAACCAGACGAAACUUCCAUUUAA